GAAAUCAUGGCAAGUGCGAACUUUAAAAGGUUCGUUUAAAAGGUCCAGAGCGACUCUAGUUACGCCUUCAAUUGUUCUGAUGUUUGAGGGAAUGACGCUACUACUGUUCUGGUUGCUCCUCUGGAGUCAUGAAUCGCUUGCUGACAGCAACAGAUGUGAAAAUGUCGUCCCUCUGCUUGAGACGCGCGCCCGUGUUCUGGAGGAUAGACGGAGCGGUUCUAACCCCCGAAGAGAACUUCCACGCAAACUCUUGUACUACUACGUUCCAGACGGACUCCAUCCUGCAGCGGCUAAUGCUUCGCUUCGAGCGUCUAGCUCUCAACUGCGACACCCACAUGGACAUUUUCGAUGCAGCGGACGCCGUCGGGCAGCGAAAGUUACGGUUAUCCUGCGGAAAUAAUGAAUCUCAAGUGGGCACCAUUCAGAUGCAAACCAACUUCGUCACCUUGAAAUACAAGACGGAGUCCACCUUCAGGGACAGUGACUUUAAGCUUAUUAUUACUUCGUACCGUCCCAAAUUUCUGCCAGGCCUGAACAACACACUUCAUUGUGGCGGAUUCGAAUGCCGCGAUACCAGCUUUUGUAUCUCUAGUGACCUGGAGUGCGACGGUGUCAACCACUGCGGGGAUAACAGCGAUGAAGUUGACCCAUGUGCAAACAAGGAGAACGCUAGAGGCGACUCCGAGGAGACAAGAGCCUGAUACCUACCAGCAAGAGACAACAUGCGACGCGUGGAGCGUGGAAGGCUGGACACGAUUCUCGGAUGCAUUGGAAUCCCUAUACGUGUGUUAACGCUGGUUAUUUUAUUCACAGUACAAUAAAGUCCCUCCUACUAAGGAAACAAAUCAA